UGAUACGAACCGGGUUCAAGAUCCGGGUCACAAAUAAAAAACCUGAUAAAAUCCAAAAUACCUGAAUUUUGAUUUGAUCCAAACAACCCCGUCCGUCUCCCCAAUCAAUUCAAUCUUCUGGAUCUCCAUUGUUAGGGUUUCACUUUCUCAACCAAAACUCUAAUACAAUCUCUCCAUUCAAUCGGACAAGAUGUACGGAUUCGAAGCUAUGACGUUCAACAUUCACGGCGGUUACCUCGAGGCGAUCGUCAGGGGCCACAGAUCUGGAUUGCUGACCGCUGCAGAUUACAACAAUCUCUGUCAGUGUGAAACCCUAGACGACAUCAAGAUGCAUCUCUCUGCUACCGAAUACGGUCCUUAUCUUCAAAACGAGCCUUCACCAUUGCAUACAACUACAAUUGUGGAGAAAUGCACCCUUAAGUUGGUUGAUGAGUAUAAGCACAUGUUAUGCCAAGCCACUGAGCCUAUGUCAACCUUCUUAGAGUAUAUAACAUAUGGUCACAUGAUUGAUAAUGUUGUUCUGAUUGUUACUGGAACUUUGCAUGAGAGAGAUGUUCAGGAACUGUUAGAGAAAUGCCACCCUUUGGGAAUGUUUGACAGUAUUGCUACCCUGGCAGUUGCUCAGAAUAUGCGCGAGCUUUAUAGACUCGUGCUGGUGGAUACACCACUUGCUCCAUACUUCUCUGAGUGCAUCACGUCAGAGGAUUUGGAUGAUAUGAACAUAGAGAUAAUGAGAAACACUCUUUACAAAGCAUAUCUUGAGGACUUCUACCGUUUUUGUCAGAAACUAGGUGGAGCGACUGCUGAAAUUAUGUCUGAUCUUUUAGCAUUCGAGGCGGACAGGAGAGCUGUUAAUAUCACCAUAAACAGCAUUGGAACAGAGCUUACUCGAGAUGACCGUAGGAAGCUGUACUCUAGUUUUGGUUUACUUUACCCCUAUGGCCACGAGGAACUUGCUGUUUGUGAGGACAUAGAUCAGGUUCGCGGUGUGAUGGAGAAAUACCCUCCUUACCAGCCAAUAUUCUCCAAGUUGUCAUACGGCGAGAGCCAGAUGCUCGAUAAGGCAUUUUACGAAGAGGAAGUGAAGCGACUGUGUUUAUCGUUCGAGCAACAGUUUCACUAUGGUGUGUUCUUUGCAUACAUGCGGCUCAAGGAGCAGGAGAUCAGGAACCUGAUGUGGAUAUCAGAGUGCGUGGCCCAAAACCAGAAAUCGAGGGUUCACGACAGCGUGGUCUUCAUAUUUUAGCUUGAAACUAUUUAUGUAUAUUCAUUUGCUGCCUUCCGUUAUUUAAUUCAAUUACUUUGUCCCUCCAUAAUGCUGCCGCAGAUUCUUUGCAAAAUAAGGUUACCGUGUAUGUUAAGUUUUGUUGUUUUAAGAGAGUGAAGAACUCGCGAUAAAUUGCUUUGUCAACAUGAACCUGGAUAUGCCUAUGGUAUGUAAUUUGAAUUUGUUAGAAUGAUUACGUAACCUCUUGUAUGAUU